AGAACCAACCCAAUCCAUCAGAAGAUGAAAACAAGCUAGUUUUCCAAAAGACAAACCCUCGUCAUCCCUCGGGAGAUCAGACCAAGUGCCUACCAAGUGCCAUCUUGCUUUAAAGUUACCGCUUUUCUUUUCUUUUUUUGUUGUUGUAAAACACAAUCGCAAUCGUCCUUUUUUCGCGCUUUCCAAAAGUCAAAGGCAACGAGUCUACGAAUCCCAGUGCUAUCCAACGUUACGUUUAGUCAUCGUUUAUCGCGUUUUAGUAUUUGCAUUUUCGUUUUGUGUUUCGUGUUGUGAGUAAAACCUUACCAACUCAGCCAAAAUGCCUCAGCUCAUCGAACAGUACACACCGCUCCCGACCACCCUGGGAUGCAGCCCGAAGUUGAAGACGCUGCCGAAGAAUCUGUACAACCAUCUGCGCGGUUUCCCGGUCGUCAAUGGCGAGGUGACGCAGCUGUCGGACAAGGUGCGCCGCUUUGUGGAGGAAUCGGCCGCCAUGUGCCAGCCGGAUCGGAUCCACAUCGUCGACGGUAGUGAGAGCGAGUGCCGGACGCUGCUGCAGACGCUGCACAGCCAGGGCACGAUCAAGCCGUUGCCCAAGUAUGAGAACUGCUGGCUCGCCCGGACCAAUCCGGCCGAUGUGGCGCGUGUCGAAUCGAAGACGUUCAUCUGUACCGAGCGGCCGGAGCAGGCCAUCCCGACGCCGAAGGAAGGAGUUGCCGGUUCGCUGGGCAACUGGAUUUCGCCGUCGGAUUAUGAUCGUGCGAUCAUGAGCCGUUUCCCGGGCUGCAUGAAGGGGCGCACCAUGUUUGUGGUGCCGUUCUCGAUGGGCCCGAUCGCUUCGCCGUUGUCGAAGAUUGGCAUCGAGAUCACGGAUUCGGCGUACGUCGUCAGCUCGAUGCGCAUCAUGACCCGGAUGGGCUCGGAGGUGCUGGACAAGCUGGCUGACAACUCGGACUUUAUCCGUUGUCUGCACUCGGUCGGUACGCCAGCGAAUGGCAAGAUUGCGGUUCCAUCGUGGCCGUGCGAUCCGGAGCGUACCAUUAUCCUGCACAAACCGGCGAACAAUGAGAUCGUUUCGUACGGUUCGGGCUAUGGAGGAAACUCGCUCCUCGGCAAAAAGUGCUUUGCGCUGCGCAUUGGCAGUACGAUCGCCCAGCGUGAAGGAUGGUUGGCCGAGCAUAUGCUCAUCCUCGGCAUUACCGAUCCGAACGGAGUGAAGAAGUACAUUGCGGCCGCUUUCCCAUCGGCUUGCGGUAAAACGAAUCUCGCCAUGAUGAAUCCGACGCUGCCGGGCUACAAGAUUGAGUGCGUUGGUGAUGAUAUCGCUUGGAUGAAGUUCGACUCGAAGGGUCAGCUGAGGGCGAUCAAUCCGGAGAAUGGAUUCUUUGGCGUGGCGCCCGGUACCUCGACCGAAACGAACCCCAACGCCAUGGAGACGAUCUACAAGAACACGAUCUUCACGAACGUUGCAUCGACCUCGGAUGGUGGUGUGUACUGGGAGGGCAUGGAGAAGGAGGUGUCGGCCGAUGUGGAGAUCACCGAUUGGCUGGGCAACCCGUGGAAGCUCGGUGAAUCGAAGACUCCGGCAGCUCAUCCCAAUUCCCGCUUCUGCGCACCGGCUGGCCAGUGCCCGAUCAUCGAUCCGGCCUGGGAGGAUUCGGAAGGUGUCCCCAUCUCGGCCAUCCUGUUCGGAGGACGUCGGCCACAGGGUGUCCCGCUGGUGUACGAAGCGAACUCGUGGGCGCACGGUGUGUUCGUGGGAUCGGCCAUGAGAAGUGAGAGUACGGCCGCUGCGGAACACAAGGGCAAGGUCAUCAUGAACGAUCCGUUUGCGAUGCGUCCGUUCUUUGGGUACAACUUUGGCGACUACCUGAAGCACUGGCUGAGCAUGGAGCAGCGUGCCGAGGCGGCCGGUGGCCACGCACCCAAGAUCUUCCACGUUAACUGGUUCCGGAAGGAUGCGAAUGGCAAGUUCCUGUGGCCCGGAUUCGGUGAGAACUGCCGGGUGCUCGAGUGGAUCCUGCACCGUAUCGAUGAUGCCGAUUGCUACCGGGAUACACCGAUUGGUCGUGUGCCGACCGAAGGGGCCCUCAACCUGGACGGACUCGGUGGACCGGUGAACGAGAGUGAACUGUUCUCCAUUCCGAAGGACUUUUGGUUGCGAGAGGUCGCCGAGGUCCAGCAGUACUACGACAACCAGCUGCCGCACGAUCUGCCCAAGGAGAUUGCCAGCGAGCUGGAGCAGCUCAAGGGCCGCAUUGAGAAGAUGUAAACAGGGCGCGCGAACUGAGCAAGCAGACAAAACACCCACAAAACCAAGACAAACACUAGUAGCCUGUAAGACGCGCAAUCGAAGCGCGAAUGAGAUUAGAUCGCCACAGAGGGGGCCUCUGAGGUUUAUUGACCGAAAGGGGGGAAGGAUCGUAGCGGAAGACAUCAGGGUCAGAUCAGGGACUUCUGGGCAGCUAGAAGUUGUGUGUUUGGAGUGUAGAUAAGCGAGUUUUUUUUGUAUUAAGCGUUGUGAGCGAUCGCUAUGUUGUAGACACUAGGUUUAGGGCACUUCCUACAGUAAGUAUUGUGAUAGAGGCUCAGUGAGGUUCGACAAAGCUAAACGGGACCUAAUGACGACGGACGACGGAGUUACGAAAACACCGUCCGCCAAAUUCUGCUAAUUCUGGAGCACCCUUAGGUUGUAAGAUGUGGACGAGAUGUUAGAAUGGAAUAAAGAAAAAUACUGAAAGCUAAUAACAAA